AUGUUUCUCCCUCGCAGGUGCUGCAGCCACGCGGGCAAGGCGCGGCUGGUGGCUGAGCCUGCGGGGGUGCUCUCGCAGGUGGUGCCUCGGGUGCGGCAGACGUUUGAGCGCUUCGACGCGCCGUCCGCCGCCGCCGCCGCGGACGCCCGGCUCGAACACUUUAAGGCGGCGGUCUGGCCGCGGCUGCAGGAGGCGUGUGCGGGCGGGGGCGUGCUGCUUUUCGUGCCGCAGUACUUCGACUUUGUGCGGCUAAGGAACUUCCUCAAAGCGGAGGAGGCGGACUUCCUGGCGGUAUCAGAGUAUACACCCUACAGCCAGGUGACGCGCGCACGCUCGCUCUUCUUCCAGCGCCGCACCCCCCUGCUCUUAUACACCGAGCGCGCCCACUUCUACCACCGCUAUCGCAUCCGAGGCAUCCGGGACGCGGUGUUCUACGCCCUUCCGGAGCACGCCCACUUUUACAGCGAGCUCCUGAACCUCUCGGAGGGCGCCGCGGCCGCCGCCGCCCCCGGCCCCGCGCCGGAAGCCGCCGCUGCGGAAGCUGCCGCCGGCGCGCAGGGCUCCGUGGCGGCGCUGUUCUGCAGAUAUGACGCGCUGGCGCUCGCCAGGGUGGUCGGGGCGGCGCGGGCGCGCAAGAUGCUCGCGGCGGAGUCCGGGACGUUCCUUUUCGUCAACCAGUAA